UGGUGCAAAAAUGGCAGAGAAAGAGAAGAAGAUUGAAGUCAUCACUGCCAUUUACAAAGUAAACCUUCAUUGCCAUCAAUGUUGGAGAGAAAUCAAAAAACCUCUUGCAAGAACACAAGGGGUUCAAAGUGUCGAAGUUGAAAUGGAGAAAAAUGAAAUUAAGGUGAAGGGUUCAAAUUUGGAUGUGCUGAAAAYUCAUAAGCAAAUAGAAAAGUUGAGCAAGAAAAAGGUUGAGUUGAUAUCUCCCAAAGUGCAGCCCAACGAAAAAGAAACCCCCAAACCCACAGACAACAAACCCAAACAAAUCCUUAUCCAUCGAACAAUAACAGCCAAGGUUCACUUGCACUGCGCCAAAUGUGAGCAAGACCUCAAGAACAAGCUGCUAAAGCAUAAAGGUAUAUAUAGUGUGAAAACUGAUAUCAAAGCACAAACCCUAACGAUUGAAGGAACCAUAGAACCAGAGAAAUUCAGAUCCUACCUGAAGAAGAAGCUGCACAAACACAUAGACAUUACCGCCGACAAGAAAUCGGUAGAUUCGUCGAAGCCAUCGACGGAGAAGAAGAAUGAAAGUACUGAGAAAGAGAAGCCGAAAGAAAAAUCUUCAUCUAAGACGACGACCACUAAAAUUGCAGAGAUUCAAAUCAAACAAAGCGACAAUAAUGUUAAUAACAACAGUAAUGUUCCAUAUUUCAUUCACUAUGUCUAUGCUCCACAGUUGUUCAGUGAUGAAAAUCCAAACGCAUGUCGAGUAAUGUAAGUAACGGUUGAUUUUUUACGAUAAAAAUUUCAUAUUUCAACUAAUUAAAUAAGA